AUGCAGCGUGGGAACGGAAUGCAGCGAACAUGGCCUCGCUAUUCUGCCGCGAAACUCUGGGACCUGGCGUUAGGUUCUGGAGCGCUUCUGUCCAAUAAGCUUUGGUUUGUGGGUUGGGGCCAAGGGCCUGAGGUAGCUCAGGAGCGCAGCCACCGUGAGGGCCGCCCUGGCUGCCGGGCGGGAGAGGGCCGAGGGGCCGUCUUUGUUGUUGGAGACCAUGUUGGAGACCAUGUUGGCGGCGGUGGUGAUGUUGUUGUAGUAGUUGCUUGUGGUGUUGCUGUUGCUGUCUCGUCGGCGGUGCCUGUGGAGAGAGCCACGCGGACAGAUUUUCCGGCGGGCGGCCCUGUAUCGCCAGCACGCACGGGGCCAUUGCAGCGCAACGACGACGACGACGACGCCGCCGCCGAGGCCCCUUGUUGCUGCUGUCAGCCGGGAGAGACAGUGGUGGGCAUGCUAAAGCGGCGGUGGAAACCAAUCGGAAUGAGCUCACAGCAGCCGUUGAGCGGCGGAUGGAGCCCAUCUCGAUUCUUGGGCGUCCCGGAUCCCCUAACGCGUGUCUGGCUUUGCUUGCAUGAAGCCAUCUUGGCCCGCGCCGAACGGCUCAAGGCCUCUGGCGCGGUUUCGUCGAGCGGCCGCGGUUGCAUCAUGGUUUGGUUUGGCCCUCCUCAUGGCACGCUGUCACAGACUGCCGCUGCCACUGCCACUGCCACUGCCACUGCCACUGCGCAAAUGAGCAUGAGGUGCACUACCAUUGCUGCGUGUGUAUUUUUGACACGACACGCCGCGCCCUCCGGCGAAGGAGCGGGUGCUGGCAAGGACCGCAGCGCAAGGCACAGGCGGAUCGCCGUUGAGCUGCACCGCCCACCGAAGCGAGGCGGCUUGCGAGUCAUGGGCCGCCUUGCCCGCCAAGCCCCGCCCGAGUCUGUGCAGGCGCGCCCCGAGUCGACAGGCACAGGCGCAACAUCAACCACAAGCAACCUCCAGCAACCACCACCACCCCCGUCAUCCGCCUCUCACCCGCGCUCUCGUCCCGUUCACGUGCAUGCCUCCGGAUGUUGUUUCAUUAACAGUGUAAAGUGUGUAGAUUCCACCCCCGCUAUGGCCCCCCAACCCGCCCUCCAAGACCAGGCGCGCAAUCCAUCACCAGCGGCACCCGCCCCCGCGCAGCCCGGCGACGGCCGCUCCGCCACCCCAGAGGCCGCAGACGUAGUCGCGCCCAACCGCGAGGGCAGCUACACGUCGAGCACCGAGGCCCCGCUGCCAUAUGACGAUGGCGCACCGCCGCUCCCAGACGAGCCCGCUCCCGCCGCCGACGACGACGGCUGGGAGAGCAGAUGGGACUACAGCGCCGGUGCCUGGUACUUUUACAACCACAAGACGGGCGUCUCGCAGUGGGAGAACCCCCGCGUCCCGGAUGCCACCACGUACACCUACGGCUCGUAUGACAGAAACCACCCUGGCAGCACGCCCGCAGUGGCCUCGAGCUCUGGCGCGCCUGGCACUAGUUCUCCUCCUAAGCGCAAGUGGGGCGGCUACAACCCAGCGAUCCAUGGCAGCUACGAUCCCAAUGCAGAUUACGCCAAGGAGGCGUCCAAGGAGGAGGAAGAGGCAGAGGAGACUGCCGCUGCUGCCGCGCGCAUGCCGUAUGGUGCUGACUAUUCGGCUACUGCACAGUUUAACCGUUUCACGGGCAAGUUCCAGCAGGCCGGCCAAGGGCCCGAACUCCACAACGACGAGAACAAGAGCAAGCGCCAAAUGUACGCCUUCUUCGAUGUAGAUGCCGCGGCAAACAGCCACGACGGCCGCAGCCUCAAGGCAGAGCGCCGCGCAAAAACGCUGUCCAAAAAACAGCUCAAGGAAUACAACGAAAAGCGCAAGGAGAAAAAGGAGGAGAAGCGCAAGGCCUGGCUCCGCUCCGACUGA